AACUUCACCUUUCUCCUUAACCCGGAAACAAUCUCUGAAGGAGCUGCGGUGAUCGGACGGGACAGGAAGUCUUGAUUUGGAGCUUCUGAUUAUCUCUGAAAACCUUCUCUGACCCAGAAGAACGACGCAAGUCUUGGAGCAACCAGCUCCAGCACACCGGAUCCACCAUGUCACUGUGCAGCUCUGGACUUCAAGAACACACUGCCUUAAAGAAGAAGAUGAAUGAACAAGAGAAAAAUGAUAUCAAAGCAAAUCAGCCAUUUGCUGCAAAACCUUCAGCAGAAAAUCAAACCCCUGGAGAAAAUAAGAAUCCAGAAUGCAACACUGAAUGGAUGGAAGACUUUCCGGACUACUUCAAUCAACUGAACUUGUUAGAGACACAUGGACAUCUGAUACCUAUGGGAACACAUAGCAUGUGGAUAGGAGAGUCAGAUGAGGAAGAUGAGGCUGAAAGUGAUUCCGAUUUUAAAAAGAAAGAGAUAGAGUUGGAAAACGACCCAGCAAGUCUAUUACUCUGGGCAUCUGAGAAAAACCAGAUUUCAAUAGUAAGCAGACUUCUCUCUGAAAAUCCAAGUCUGGUUAAUGUUAAAGACGAUGACAACUACACACCACUUCAUAGGGCUGCCUACAGUGAUCAUAUAGAGGUUGUUCGUGAGCUGAUAGCUCAUGGAGCAGAUGUGCAUGCUCGUACUGUAGAUGGCUGGACACCUUUGCACAGUGCUUGUAAAUGGAACAAUGCAGCAAUAGCUUCAUUUCUUCUACAGCAUGAAGCAGACAUCAAUGCCCAGACCAAUGGUUUGCAGACUGCAUUGCAUCUUGCUUCAGGAAGUAAAGACGCAAAGGAAACCAUUGAAUUGUUGUUAAUGAAUCGCUACAUCAAUUCAAAUCUAAAAAAUAACUUGGGUGAGACAGCAUAUGACGUUGCUUGGAGAACAAACAUGUACUACUACCUCUUUGAAAUUACAGAAGACUGCACAAAUUCUGUACCUGAGCCCCAAUGAUCUAGUUAAUAUUAAUCCAUCAUUAUACAGUCAUGACCAUUCACCUAACCAUCAAAACUUAGCCAUUUAUUAAUGGCUGAAAAAUAUAUUUGGUUUAGAAAUUAGGGAAACAUCCUGAAGCUUAAAGAAGCAGAAUGUUUGUUUCAAUGAUUAUUAGUACUAAAACAGACAAUUCUGCAAUUUACACAAAGGUUAUGUUAAAUCUAUUUUUGGAAAAAGUAUCAUUUGUGAAAUACAAAUAUCCUUUCUUGUUUCCAUCAAUGUUUCCACUUUUUAUUAUGAUGGGUUGAGGAAACUGCAACCAAUUGGUUUCCAAUGAUACAUUAAACUGAGGCCCUGUUUGCCCUCUCAGGUGGACUUAAAAGAUCCCAUAGCAUUAUUUUGAAGAGCAGGGGAGUUACACCCUGUGUCCUGGCCAAUAUUAAUCUCUCAAUCAACAACACAAAAUCAGAUUGUCUGGUCAUUAUCACGUUACUGUUUAUAGGUGCUUGCUGUGUGUAAAGUGGCUGCUAUGUGUCCUACAACAGUGAAUAUAUUUCAAAAGUACAUCAUUAACUGUAAAGCAUUUUGAGACAUCCUGUGGUCAUGAAAGAUGCUUUAUAAAUGCAACUUUUUUAAAAUUACAAUCUUACUCCAUUUCCCGGGGGAGAGAGAGAGACUGUAUGAGUUGCUGGUUUUGGGAAUCAGGAAACAUUUGCACAGGUGCUCUUUAGGGGUUGACAUACAUCACCUAUCGCACAAUUUCCAGGCCAAUAGAAUACUUUUAAGUAUAGUCACUCUUGUAAUGUACAGAAUUAUAUUAAAUAUUAACAGCUGCCAUCAUUCAGAUAAUUCUAAAUCUGUCAUUUUUGAUCGGUAAAUCUGUUUUUCUUAAGCCAUUUUUCAUUUCAUUUAACCAAAUUUGUUUGAAAAAUUUAGCAUGAAUAUAAUGUGUAUUUUCUCAAAAGCUGUAAAUCAAAAUUGGCACUAGAUAUCAAAAGGUGAAUAACAACAAAGUUUCAUUAAUGAAACUGGUAACAUGUCCUUCCCCCACCUCCACCUUUUCAAUAUUGUGUAUUCAAAGUGCAGCUGAAGACUCAAGUGUCUAUGAAAAAUAUAAUAAAGUAAGCUCCUGGAUUUUGA